AUGGUUCUCUUGAAUUUGGACGGCACUGUCAAAGGCGGGACCCUUGUUGCGCUUGUAGAGCGCCUGACUAUGCACAAUGCUCUUGACACGAGCUACAUCGCCACAUUUCUGUUGACUUACAAGUCAUUUUGUAAAACAGAAGAGUUUGUAGAAUGUCUUGAGAACCGCUACAAUAUGCAUCCUCCAGAAGGACUUACUCCAGACGAAUUAGAGAACUGGACAGAGCGUAAACAGAAAUUGGUUCGACUUCGCGUGUUUAACGUAAUCAAGAAUUGGUUAGAGAACUAUUACAACCGGGAAGACGAAAUGAUCCUUGACAGACUCGAAUUCUUUACUACUACAGUCAUUCGUGACACCUCAAGUUUUGCUGCUGACCAACUGGAAAGACUGAUUCGGAAACGAAGAGAUACCGAUGCCUAUGAAGAUGUGCGGACGAUGGUUCCUAAUGAAAAGUCUCGGCCAAUACCAAUAAUUCCUAAAAACUCUGCUUGUCUUCGUCUGCUAGACGCAGAUCCUCUUGAGAUGGCACGACAAUUGAGUCUAAUGGACUUUAAGCUCUACAGCACAAUUCGGCCUAUUGAGUGCCUAAGUAAGGCGUGGUCUAUAGAUGAUUCAGAAGGAAAUAUUGCUGUGAAUGUUAAGCAGUCAAUCGAUUAUUGCAAUCGAUUGACUUGCUGGGUUACAGAUAGUAUUUUAUCACACGACGAAGCCAAAAAGAGAGCUGUGUUCAUUAAGCAUUGGACACAAGUUGCUGAUAGAUGCCGAGGUAUGAACAAUUACAACACUUGUAUGGCCAUUCUCUCUGCGUUUGACAACAGUGCUAUUGGUAGACUUCGAAAGACUUGGGAUUUGGUAGGCAGUCGCACCAACCAAAUGUUAGGACACAUCCGGAAACUGAUGGGUGCAAAUCGUAAUUUUACCGAAUACCGCGAAAUGAUCCACUCUAUCAACCCACCGUGUAUUCCGUUUCUGGGAAUCUACCUCCAAGAUCUCACGUUUAUUGAAGAUGGCAAUCCUGACUUCCUAAAGGCAUCGAAUACUCUCAUAAAUUUUGCCAAGCGUCAAAAGACAGCCGAUGUGAUCCGAGAAAUCAAACAAUUCCAGUCACCGCCUUAUCCUUUGCAAGCCUUACCAAGGCUUCAGGCAUUCAUUCGACAAAACCUAAAUACUGACUGGGAUGUGGAUCAGUUGUACAAAAAGAGCCUUAUGCUCGAACCAAGAGAGACUUCUUGA